AUGAGCGAAGUGGAAAAGAUGGAGGUAGACUCAGAUGCAGCGCAAGGUGCCCCCGUGGCGGGCCAAGCUGCGAAAAAGAAGUUUCAGAUCAAGAAAUGGACCGCGGUGGCCUUCUGGUCGUGGGAUAUUGCUGUAGACAACUGUGCCAUCUGCAGGAAUCACAUCAUGGAGCCAUGCAUUGAGUGUCAGCCGAAGGCAAUGACCGACACGGACAACGAAUGUGUCGCCGCGUGGGGUGCGUGUGGCCACGCAUUCCACUUGCAUUGUAUUAACAAAUGGAUCAAGACAAGAGACGCGUGUCCCCUCGAUAAUCAACCCUGGCAGCUGGCUCGCUGUGGCCGAUGA